UACAUUUCUGCAUGAAAUUAAAAUAUCUUCAAAUAAUGUAUUCUUAAAUAGGCCAAGAGUCCAUCAUAAUGUUAUGUAUGGUUAUGGGAGUGGCUUUCAUACAGUAUACAGGCUUGUACUGCAUAAAACAACUGCAGAAGGCAGAAGCACAAAGAAUUUUCACUACUACAGAGUGUGGAUCCACUAAAGUCAUCUAGAGACUAAAGCUUUAAGCUUUGAUAAUGACUAUCACAAAUCUGCUCAUCAAGAAACUGAUCUAUAUGUAUCUUAUAAUGAUCCUCAUGGCAAGUCAGACUCUGGCCUUCAUGCCUUUGUGGUCGAGAUCCAAGAAGCAUCAGGACAUAACUCGUGAAGCAAUUUUACAGGCAACAGCCGAUGUCUGCAAAUCGCAAGCACUCCAGGAGGGACGAGAUUUUGUUAUGCCAGUCCCACUGACAGUAAUGUCUGUGGCAGGAAGCUGUUACGCAUCUGAUUCAGCCAAAGAUUUUCAAAGAAGUCUUGAUAAGAUAAAUUGUCACAAUGCCUGGGUCGACUUUCGGCAUUUUUCUGACCAUUCCUACCAUUUUGACAACGAGUUGUUUUUGUCUGGGCGUCAAAUUAUUACUAAUGGACUUUCAGCUGUCAAGUACAAUGUCAAACAGCAGAGCUAUCAAGCUGCCAGAGCCGAGCUUGGUAAAAUCCUACACACUUUGCAGGAUUUCUACAGUCAUAGUAACUGGAUUGAAAUGGGAAAGAGUGAACCUUAUUCCAACCUGAUUAAACCAGACACCCCAAUUAACAACAUAGCAGAUUCUGAAACAUGCAAGCCUUGUAAUAGUAAUGGCUGUGUAGGAAACAUCCUGGAACCUGUCAUUGCACAGCAAAAACUAACAUCAGGAUACUUUGGCUUUUCCAAACCAAAAGGAAAGUGCAGUCAUGGAGGACUUUUUGAUGUAUCAAGUUGGGGGCAAGGUGGCAUAAAUAAGGAUGCUCGAGACUCUGAUCACGGUUAUCUGCAUGAAAUCGCAGCAUCAGUAGCCACUGCUGCUACCAAAGAACUACUGCAAGACAUUCGAGCGACAGUUGGAGAUUCUGAGUUUCUUAGACUGAUGGGACUCAGCCAGACUUCAGUGCUGUGUUUUGUUAUUGACACCACUGGCAGCAUGUCUGAUGACAUUGCAGAGGUCAGAAGAGUUACUUCAGCCAUCAUUGACAGUAAAACAGGCACAGCAGCUCAACCUUCAGAAUACAUCCUCGUGCCAUUUAAUGACCCUGAUUAUGGCCCACUUUCAAGAACAACUGAUCCUAAUGUGUUUAAACAGCAACUCAGUGCACUUGAAGCUUCUGGUGGAGGAGAUGCUCCUGAAAUGUGUCUCUCAGGACUCCAGCUCGCCCUGACUGGAUCUCCACCACAGACUGAGAUUUUUGUUUUCACUGAUGCUGAUGCAAAAGAUACAUUUUUGACAAGCACUGUGCAAGCACUGAUUGAGAUAACAAAGUCUAAAGUAACCUUCAUGCUAACUAACAUUUUCAGUUCUGGGCGUCGCAGAAGGAGUGCCAAGGCCAUAGAUGGCCAACAGCAAGUCUCCACUCGGCUUUUCAUUCCACUUAACCCUGUCUACCAGGACCUGGCUCAGGCCUCUGGGGGCCAGGCUAUUGAGGUUACCAAAGGAACCCUGUCCCAGGCUACUGGCAUUAUUGAUGUUACCUCCAGAUCUACACUGGUCACUCUUUUUCAGGCUGUAAGAAACCCAGCCAAAGCUGAAAACUUCUCAGUCUUUGUGGAUUCUUCUGUGCAAAACCUGACAAUUUACAUCACAGGCAACUCUCCAUAUUACACCAUCACUAGUCCCUCAGGAGUCUCACAAAGCAGUGCUGAACUCAAUGGGACUUUGGGCCUUAUUCAGGAAGUUGGUAACUUCUACACAGUGCAACCAAAUAUCUCAGAGCAGACUGGACUGUGGCUCUUCAAUAUUACCUCAACACAGCCCUACACCAUCAAAGUUGUUGGUCAAAGCCAGGUUGACUUCAUCUUUGAGUUUGUAGAACUUUCCCAAGGGCUUCAUCCAAGCUAUGCUGUAUUAAACAGCAGGCCUGCAGCAAAGACCAAUGUCACCCUGUUGGUGUCCAUGGUCGGUGGGGACACUGUGAGUCCUACAGAGGUGUCUCUGGUCGAAGCCUCAAGUUCAAACUCUUUAAAUGGAACACUAGAAGAGGUAGCUAGUGGGCAGUACUUAGUGACCUUCAACAGCAUCCCAGCAAGAGAGUUUACUGUUCGUGUAGUUGGACAGAUCAGUUCCUCUAGAUCUUCAGAUAACACCUUUCAGAGACAGUCACCAACUCAAUUCCAAGCAUCAGCUGUGAACAUUACUACUGAACCUGUUGGAACAAUUGAACCAGGAAAACAAGUCACUCUGCCUUUCAGAGUGGCAACCAACGGCUCUGGAGGGAGCUUUAGUAUCAGUGUCAGCAAUGAUCGCAAUUUUGAAACUCGCUUUAACACAUCCAUAACUCUCGAGAGUGGGGGCAGUGCGAAUGAUACAGUAACUCUGACUGUUCCUGAAAAUACUUCCUCGGGAACUGAUGUCACUGUGACGAUCCAGGCUGAAGCACCUGAUGGAAGCGACUCCAACUAUGCUGUGCUGCGUCUUGCUGUUAUUGCUCCGGUAACAGAUUUUACUCCUCCCAUGUGUGAGGAAGUUACUGUAAAUGCUAACUGUUCAGGCAACUGCAGCCUUUCCACAUGGUACCUCACUACCAACAUGACUGAUGGAAAUGGAUCAGGCAUUCAGAGUGUGAGAGUCUUCCAGGGAAACGGCAACCUCAGCACCACCACUGUGCUCAGUGACACGGGCGUGAAUGUCACUAUGGUCGUCUAUAACUCCUCUUGCUGUUCCUCAGACCUGGAACUGGUUGCUGUGGAUGCAGUGGGAAAUGUUGCCACCUGCUUCAAAUCUGUAAGAGCUAUAGAACCAAGCACCAGCACUGCACCCCCUGUAACAACCACCAACACCACCACUAUCAACACUACUACAACUACAACAUCUCGUCCCACCAGCACUAAUGGUGUAGAAUGUUGUUUGUUUCUGCCAGUCUUCCUUUGGUUAAAUUUAGGAGUCUUAAUUUACCAAUUCAUAUAGCUCUAGGAAAUACCUAAAUUGAUCUGAAUUUGAAUCAGAAUGACAUAUUUAAUCCUACAUAACACCUUUUAAGUAGUGCUUUUACCUAGAGUGAGUAGUAAAUUAACAUUGUGAAACACACUUUAAUCAUAAACUUUAUUUUUCUAUCUAACUAUAAAUCACUGAAUAAAAGCAAGGAAAUCUUACUUGUUUAACCUGUGUAUAAACUCUGAGGGCAUUAAUCUUGGAUUUUAAGGCUUUAUUAUUUAUUUAAGGGAUUAUUAUUCAUUUAAUGGCAUUAGAUUACAGUGGUGCUAAAAGUGCUUAAAAAAAUAAAAGAAUCCAAUUAAACAAAUGAGACAAAUAUAUUAUACUUGGUAAUUUAUUUAUUGAGGAAAAUGAUCCAAUAUUACAUAUCUGUGAGUGGCAAAAGUAUGUGAACCUCUAGGAUUAGUAGUUAAUUUGAAGGUGAAAUUAGAGUCAGGUGUUUUCAAUCAAUGGGAUGACAAUCAUGUGUGAGUAAGAGCUACAUUAUAUCUAAAGAGCAGGGAUCUAUCAAAGUCUGAUCUUCACAACACAAGUUUGUGGAAGUGUAUCAUGGCACGAAGAAAAGAUAUUUCUGAGGACCUCAGAAAAAGAGUUGUUGAUGUCCAUCAGGCUGGAAAAGGUUACAAAACCGUCUCUAAAGAGUUUGGAUUCCACCACUCUGCAGUCAGACAGAUUGUGUACAAAUGGAGGAAAUGUAAGACCAUUGUUACCCUCCCCAGGAGUGAUAAACCAAUAAAGAUCACUCCAAGAGCAAGAUGUGUAAUAAUCCACAAGGUCAUAAAAGAACCCAGAGUAACUUCUAAGCAACUAAAGGCCUCUCCCGCAUGGGCUAAUAUUAAUGUUCAUGAGUCUGUCUUCACGUGAGCAAUUGACAACAGUAGGGUGCAUGGCAGGGUUGCAAGGAGAAAGCCACUGCUCUAUAAAAAGAACAUUGCUGCCUUUCUGCAUUUGCUAAAGAUCUAUUGUAAAAAUGUUUUGUGAAUGGAUGAUAGAUAUUUUUGGUUUAAAUGAGAUGUCAUGGCCACCACAGGCAGUUUCAUGCUCAUUUCCCAUAUACAACAACUUCUUCAAUUGUCUUCCUCAUUUCCUGUGUUGGUCAGGCUCAUCUGAUUGUUAUUUUCCUGAUUUGCUCCUCUAUUUAAGUUUUGUGUUUUCCCCUCUUGUUUGUUGGAGGAUUUUGUCAGGUUUUGUUGGGUUUUUGUUAUAUUUGUGUUCAGUUUAUGUACUGUAAGUUUGUGUUCAUGCCUGAGCUUGAGUUUUUGGUCUUGGUCCCUUGUGUUUUUCCUUGUGUGUCGUUAAAGAAGUUCAGAAACGUUACCGGAAACACUUACUUGCACUUAUUGCUGCACAAGAGGGUCGCACCAGAUACUGACAGCAA